AUGCUUUUCAUGACCGAUUACAGACUGGUCAUUGCCAUGGUAACAGGUCCAGAUGAUUGGAAGAUAGACGAGAAUAAACCCCCGCGGAUCCCAUGGUCAUGCUGCAAAAAAGACGAUACCGCAGGUCCGGAAUGCAUCACUGUCUCUAAAUUAACUUCUGUACACAGAACAGGCUGUUUAUCGAAAAUCACGGACCUGUUCUACGACAACCUGGGCACCAUUGGAGGCUUUGCUUUGGCACUGCUUUUCAUUGAAAUCCUUGGAGUGGCAUCGGGA